AUGGGAGGUUGUUUCUCCGGAGAUUUGCAAGGAGGCAAACAAGCGAUCGGAGGGGUCCAGCAAAGACCCACAUCAACGAUAAACAACAAUGCGGCGCAUAACGACGCAGUCGAUUUCUUCUUCAGAUCUCGUGGUCAAUUUCCUCUCUUCUCCCAAAUCGAGUUAUCUUUGUCGGGUUCAAACUUGAUUGACCGUGACAUCACAUCUAAGAGCGAUCCGAUGGCUGUCAUGUAUUUGAGGAAAAAGGAUGGGAAGCUUGAGGAAAUUGGCCGUACUGAAGUCAUACUUAACAAUUUGAAUCCAAAGUGGAUUGAGAAGAUAACAGUCUCUUUCCAGUUUGAAGCUGUUCAGACAUUAGUUUUUCAUGUGUAUGAUGUCGAUACCAGAUAUCACAAUGUGCCGGUGAAGACAUUAAAGCUGAAGGACCAGGAUUUCUUGGGAGAAGCGACAUGUGUUCUAUCCGAGAUUAUGACGAGGCCUAACCGGUCUGUGACAUUACAUCUUACUGGCAAUUUUGGAGCUGGUGUGAAUAGACGUUUGGGAACACUCUUAGUUCAAGCUGAAGAAACCAUUGCCUCUAAAACUGUCGUCGAGAUGAAUUUUCGCUGUAUCAAUUUGGAUAACAAGGACUUGUUCUCUAAGAGUGAUCCUUUCAUAAGAAUUUCAAGAAUAGUUGAGAAUAGUGGUGCAGUCCCGAUAUGUCGGACUGAGGUAGUGGACAACAACCUCAACCCCGUGUAUAGACCUGUAUGCUUGACUAUGCAGCAAUUCGGAAGCAAAGAAACCCCUUUGGUUAUAGAAUGCUUUGAUUUCAAUAGCAGUGGGAAUCAUGAGCUUAUUGGAAAGACAGAGAAAUCUGUAGCUGAAUUGCAGAGACUUUGUCUCCAAAGAGAGGUUGCAAACUUUGUCUAUCCAUCCAUGGUUCACGACAAUAAGGUUCUUAAAGGCAAGCUCAUCGUGGAUCGUUUUGAGGAGAAAGUCCAGUACAGUUUUCUUGAUUACAUAUCAAGCGGCUUUGAACUUAAUUUCAUGGUUGCAGUUGACUUCACUGCUUCGAAUGGUGAUCCCCGAAAUUCAAGUUCUUUGCAUUACAUUGAUCCAUCAGGCAGAUUAAACUCAUAUCAGCAGGCUAUUACGGAAGUAGGAGAGGUCAUCCAGUUUUAUGAUUCUGAUAGGCGUUUUCCUGCUUGGGGUUUUGGAGGAAGAACCUCAGAUGGUCAAGUUUCCCAUGCUUUUAACUUGAAUGGAGCCUCAUACGGUGACGAGGUUGUUGGAAUUGAAGGAAUCAUGGCAGCUUAUGGGAAUGCUCUUCGCAAUGUUGCUCUAGCUGGACCAACUCUAUUCAGCCACGUGGUCGACAGGGCUGCUCAUAUCGCUUCACAGUCGCUCUCAACAAACAGUCCUAAGUACUUUGUUCUGCUCAUCAUUACGGAUGGAGUCCUAACAGACAUGGCUGGUACACUAGACGCAUUGGUGAGAGCUUCUGAUCUCCCGUUGUCAGUUCUUAUCGUCGGUGUGGGAAACGCAGACUUCAAACAAAUGGAGAUUCUUGAUGCUGAUAAAGGUAGCCGGUUAGAGAGUUCUACUGGUCGGAUAGCUACACGAGACAUCGUUCAGUUUGUGCCUAUGAGAGAAAUCCACAGUGGACAAGUAUCGGUGGUGCAGGCACUUCUUGAAGAACUUCCCGGCCAGUUUCUGAGCUAUGUCCGUUCCCGAAAGAUUAAUCCGGUUGGUGCUCCAGCGGUUUGA